AUGACGACCCAGCAAGUCAACCUCUCGAUGUCUCAGCUUUCGCUGAAUUCUAACGGCUCGGCCAGCGAGGCGGAAGAUUGGGACCGCUCCAUGAAUCUCGACACGCAAACUCCGCGUAAUUCGGUCGCGUUUCCUGGCGGGGAGGGAGGAGAGGGGGAGGCAGCCGCGGCUCUAGGACGAGGGCAGGACGGGAAGUCCAAGCGCACGCUGAGCGAGCUGCUGAAACUCCAUGCCGAGAAGGGGAAGGACGUGGCCUUCAGCCCCGAAGAAGCGAGCAGAAUAGCAGAGGUCCUUGGGCAAUGGAUAAACUCAGGGCCAUCACCAUAUGAAGGCGAAGACGACUUCUUCGCACGAUCGCAAGACGAUUCCGCGUUGGGAAAGCGCACGCCGUCGGCACAAUUCGACGCGACGGGCAGGCCCAGAGGGCAGAGCGAAAGUGUCAUUUCCCAGUCAUAA